AAAACAUAUGUUUACGUAAAUAUGUUUGUGCAGUAAGCUUUUGUUUAUCGCCUAGCACUGUGCUCGAGCGCACUAAGCAGCGCUUUAUUGGAUCUGUCCAACACAGACGGUAAUAUUAUGCAGGCUUCCCUUAUCAGCUGUUGUUGUGGUACCGCCAGUGAGAAUCGUUGUACCCACAACUGCAACAACAAUAGGACAGCUGCAGCUGAAAAACAGAAACAAAAGUGUAUUGUCGAACAAUAGGCAGAUACAAUCAGCUUAAGAUUUGCUGCCUCAGUCGCACUUGGAAGUGUGCGUGUUCAGUGAACUGCGCUUAAAGCAGUCGUCAAAAUCAGAGCAACACAAAUCAGUGAAUUUAAUAGAAAAAUAUUAGCAGCAGGUGUCGGAGUGGUAUGAACAAUGGAAACAAUGGAGACACUGCAAGAGCCACAGGAAGAAUUACACCAGCUAAUCGAAGUACUCUCCAAAGAAGAUGAGCAAAUAGUCAGGUCCUUUAUAAAAUGUCUGAGUGGAAGCGGUGGUCAGUCCCACUAUGAGCGUCUACAGGCCCUGCUGGUUGCCUCGCCCUAUCCGACGCUGCAAAUACUGCAGAUCCUACAUGGCCAGUCCAAAUUCCAUAUAGGUCGCAUUAUUAGCGCAGCCCUCAGACAAAUGCUCGACGAUGACGCAUCCGCGUCGUCACCAGCGCCGACCCGCCUUCUCAGCGUGCUGUCGAACUUUCCACAACAAAUACUCGAAGCAGCAACAAUGCAGCAAAAACUUAAUGAGCGAAUAGAGGCUGUUUCAUGGAACUAUAAUGAGGAUUUAAUGCUAUCUCUACUAUCGCGCCGAGACUGCAACCUGAUAAACACUGUGUUUCACACUCAAAAGCAGGAGCAGCAAAUCCAGUGGCGCAAUUUAAAGGAAGCACAACAGCUAGUGCUGCACCUGGCCCUCCAUCAGCGGGAUCACUUUGUGCCCAGGCUGUGUCAGCAGUUGAAGAACUUUGAAUGCAUUCAAGAUUGCACACUGCGCAACAAUUUACUGAUACUGCGGCUAGCCAAUGAAUUCGUUAUGAGCACCCAAACGCUGGACGAGCUGGCUGAACUCGGUCAGGCACUGGAGGCCUUCAAUGUUGCCGCUGUGCCCGCCGAGCUGCAGCCAGUGCAUCAGUUCUUUUACUGUGACUUUCAGCGUCUCUGUGUGCUGCUCAAGUUUCUGGAGAAACAGCAAGGUGGGAACGCUUGUAAGACCAUCAAAGUGGAUGCCCUUUUGCGUGCACCAGGUGUACUCUCUCUGGUACACGAAUAUGGCAUACAAUGCGAUAGUGAGCAAAUAGUUCAGCUCAUUGAAGACACCUAUAAAUGGCAACAGCAGACGCCAGCUCUCAAGUGCGUUCGCACCGAAGAAAUGGAAAUAUUGAGCUACUAUCAAGCGCUUAGUCAUGUUCUCAAUGUGAUAUUGGAGCAGCACGAUUCUACGAUUAGGGAACAGCUCUUGUUGCUCUCCACACAGCUGCGUCAGCUUCGAGGACUCAGCACUCUCUGCUCCGUGCUGAUGGACAUCUUUCAAUUGGUAUUCCUGCGCUGGGAGCAGCUGCAACAGUCAAAUCAGCGUGUCAGCGACGACGACGAGGAGGAUGACGAUGAUGAGCAGUAUGUGGACGAUGAUGCGACGCCUCCACGCACAGCCAAUGCCAUCAGCAAGGCACAGAGACGUUAUGGCUUCAUUUGCCGAGCACCCGUUUUGUAUGCUCUCUUUAGCUAUCUGAAAAGCUUUGUUACCAAGAAGCUGCACACGCAGGACUUUAAAUGCGCUACGGAGGAACAACAACGCUGCUUCCAGCGCCUGGUGGAUGCCAUCAGUGAGGCGCUAUGGAAGUUCGGUGUCUUGCAGAAAAUCGAGCAAUCCCUAACAAAGGCAACACCACUGCGAGGUUGCCAUUUGGAGCCGGAACAAUUGCUCCAGCUGAUUCAACAGCACAGCCACACACGGGAAAAGGCCUCCAGCGACGACGAGAGCCGUGAACGAUGCUAUCACGCCUCGAGUCUAACCCGACGCAAGUCACGCAAGCAACGGCGGGCGGCUAGCUUCAGUGGACCGGCAGCAACUAGAGCAGCGGAUGGACCCACACUCGAGCAGUGUCGUGCCCGUGCCCAUCAGUUCAUACUGAACGGAGAAUCCCGGCAAAUUGAGCCACAGAUGGCCGUGUCCACCACACCGCCAGCGGAUCGCUCCAUUAUACCCAAAAUGCUGAGCACGCCCGAGCAAUUGGCAAUCAUGGCGUUGGCUCUCAAGAACUUCAAUGAUGUUAAGUAUAUCAUAGAGACCUUUCACUUGGAGGACAGUCAGUUGAAUCGGGAGCUGCAGUUCAUGGAGCAUCAGCAGCUUAUCAAACAAAAGUUGUCCAGCAUCUAUGCAAACUAUGAGGCCUUGGAUGGUGAUGGCAAUGCAACCACAGGCAGCACCACAACAACUGUGGAAAAGAUCAAAAGCGUUGCUGCCAAAGGCUUUGAGUUAUCCAAGAUCAUCAGCGUCGUGGACAACUUUGCACAGGCCCAAAAGCUGCAGCACAGUGCCGAGCUAAGGAGUCUUCUCCAACGGCACAGCACGAAUGCCCAGUAUGGAUUCCUGCAGCAGUUCCAGGAGCGCAACUUGAAUGCCCUGAUUAUAUGUGAUUUAAUUGUGAAUCUACGAUUCAAUCGAGAGAUCACUUGCAAUCUCUUGCUGGUCAUACGCCGCCAGCAGCAGCAGCAACAACAACCACAGCAGCAACUACCCUCUGAUGGUUCAAGUUCAGCAAGUCCACGUGAGAUUGGCGCCAUGUAUCUGAUACAAAAUCUCUGCGAGUGUAUGCGUCUCCUUGAGGCUGCUGGACAGAAACCAGCACUGAGCGAGCUGCUGCAUCGACACAGUUAUGCCCUGAAGCCGUCAUCUCUGGCAUUACAGCUGCAGCGGGAAGUUGCCUUCACGACGCUCUACAAGAAGACAUCGCCGGAUUAUGCACAUUCCAGGGAAUUGCGCACACAUGCUUCGCUUUUCCAGCAAUUGAAAUCGCGCCACAAUUAUUAUGCCCGAUUUUGUGGCUAUGUGCAGCAGCUGGCACGUCUGCUUCAGCUGCGCGAUCCCAAUCUGGAGUACCACAACACACAGCUGUUGCGUCACGAUCCCUACCAGGUGAUUGGCGAGCUAAUUUACGAAUGCGAUAUCACACCCUUGGAGAUUGAGAGCAAUGUAACAGCUCUGCACCUGAAUUUGGUGCAUGUUAUAGCAUUAAAUAUAUGUCCACAGCUGACUGAAGGCGGCGCGAAACAGACGCCACGUUCAGUGCAGCCCCAGAAACAGGAGACGAUACACAACUAUAUAUUCCAGCACAAUCAAUUGCUGGCCCAAUUACUGCAGGCAGUCCAAUUGGGCGACCUUGCGCCGAUCAUUACAGAGGAGACGACCCUAAACUAUGCUUACCUACACCAAUUGAUGCAGCUGCCCGAGAUGUCAACUCUGGCGCUGAUGUACGACCGGAAUCCUGUGAUGGCUGCUCUCCACACCUACAAACUGGACAGCACAACGCUGGAGCGUCUGGAGCUGAGCAAAGAGCUGCAAUUGAACAUUCUAUUGCUGGGCAUUGGUGGCCAGAGUGAACCAACUAGACAAUUGAAGUGUCGCAUUGAUCACUUAAUUAUUCAACUGAUAGAGGAGGAUCCACGGCAAAUACAACUGGCUGCCCAUCUGAACGAUUUGGGGACACGAGCGAAUCUGCUGCAACAACACUUUACCAAGAUCCCGAGCAGUCAACUGGCAAAGGAUCUUAUCGAACGCACGUUGCAGCAUCGGGAGGCGACACGGGACAUUCCGUCCACACUGCGAGGUCAACUGGAGCACACUCUGACGGACAUAACGAUAUAUGCAAAGGUCUCGGCGCUGCUCCAGUUCGAGAGUUGGCCACAGGCCUAUGACUUUGGCCGGCAAACGCCGAAUGUGAUAUUUGAACAGUUGCUGCAGGGACGUCAUUUUGAAUUGUGCUACGAAUGGUGCCGCAUGGUGCAGCUAACCGAUGCAGCUGGACAGCAGCGGGUCUGCCUGCUCACCCUUUUGGAUACACUGCUGGAGUUGAGCGAUGAUGAUGAUUUGGAUGUUAACCUGCUGCACAUUGCGGAGUUAUUUCCAUCCGCUGUGUUGGUCAACUUUCUGGACACGCACAAGGACAAGAUGCGUUCGCUGGCACUUUUGCAAUGGCUGAUUGACUACUUGGAGCAUCAUGCACGUGAUCCCAAUCCGUAUCGCAAUUACCAGCUGUCUUUAGAGCUGAUGCGACAGUUGCCCAUUGGUGAGCGUCAUCAUUUCUGGGCACUCCUGCGAUAUCCUUUGCUGAUUGUGGAGCAGCUGGUAAUGAACACACGCUUUGAGCUGCUCACCAAAUUGCUGGAGCCGGUGCGAGCAAAGCUGCAGCAACGCAUGCCCCUCGGACCGUGUGCCUACUGCUUCGAGAAGCGUGGCCACGCCUACGAUGUCUACAGCGGCACCAGCAACGGCAAACUGCGCUUCCAGCUGGGUCACUCCAAUACGGAGGCGUUUAUUUUGCUCAACUUUAACUCGUAUCAGCAGGAUCAUGUGAUCAGCAACGACUGCUUCGAUCUGCUGCUAAGAAUCUAUGCCAGCAAGGCGCUGGAUUACCACAUUGCCAAUGUGCGUCGCGACGCCUCUGCGGAACCGGGUUCACUGGGUACAGAUGUCCAGAACUCUUUGGACUCACUGUGCGGCGCCUUUAAGAUGCCCAACGAGGCGCCAACACGGGAGCAGUGGACACCAGAUGAGGAGGCCAGCCACUGCAUGUGUUGUCGUCGUUCCGUUUUCACAAUGCUGAUGCGACGCCAUCACUGCCGCCGUUGUGGUCGUGUCGUCUGCUAUGCCUGCUCCACACAGCGCAUGGUCAUUCCAGAACUGUACGGCGAUGUGGAGGUGCGCGUCUGCAAUGAUUGCUGCAUUCCAGCUGUCGCUGAGCAGCAGCUGCACAUCAAUGAAGCACCAACUAUUCCACCUCGCAGCCACUUAUCCCCGAGUCCUUGCUCAGCCUACAAGUGGCGUCUUAGCGGAAUCAUCACCCACGACAAGCUGCUUCGCGAGGAAUUCUGUUAUGAGCACGCACCGAGCGUUGCCCUCAGUCUGUCCAUAUUGCGGCAUCAUCUUGACCAGCGGCAGUGUGUCGACUUGUUGCUAUUCCAUUGUCGCAAGCUGGAGAAACUGAUUGUGCCCAAUCCGGAGGUGGACUACGAGCUGGUUGCCAAAAUGAUGAGCUGCCUUGCCUUGGCGGCAAAGGUGCGAGGUGCGCCCGACGAAUUUGAAACAAUACGUGAGCACUCGGAGAUUAUAAUGGCCGUGGUGCAGCAGGGCUGUGAGUCCUUGAUUCCAGCUGGACCCUUGAACAAUCACAGUCUGCGGCAACUGGCGGAUGCGUUGGUCGAGGCGGAGAACUGGAAACUGGCACUGGAGGUUCAUUUAAAGUGGGGUUUUGCCACUACAGGAGUAAUGGCGGCUCAUGGCUUAGCCUGUCUACGCGCCGGAUGCUACGAUGCAGCACGUGAAAAGUUUGCGCAUUGCAUGAUACGACUGUCCACUGAGGAGCUCAAUAGUAGCAUAUACAAGGACAUAUUCGGCAAGGGAUCGCCAGUGUUGGCUUCCACGAAUGUUACGGCCGUGCUCAAAAAGCGUCCACAACGUGGACCUGCUCUGCUGCAGGAAAUACUCCAGUUGAUAGCUGCCAUGCCACGGGCACCACCACAACCAGAGACGCUACAACGUGCCUCGCUCAUACGCAACUCGAAUAGCUCCUUGGCGUCCCUCUUCUCGCGUCGCCGAGAGCCGUAUGUGGUGCAGACUCCACUGCACGAGCCGGCGAUCAAUGUGAUGAAUGCUCUGGCCAAUCUGAAGCACAUUGCCAAGGGUCAAUAUGGCGAACAAGCGGUGGCCAUCGGAGCAGAGGACAUUCGUCAGGCACGACAGUCCCGGGACUUUGAGGAAUCUCUGCAUUAUGUACUCACCUAUGGCAGCCACACAGACAUUCUGAUCUUUCUCAUGCAGCGGGACGAGGUACGCGCAGCUCUGCGUUAUUGGCUGCUCCAGCAGCUGGACACGGAUCUAUUCAUACAGCACAUAUUCCUGGUGUCCCUGGCGGCGGGUCGUUUGCCGGCGUUGAUUGAGGAACUGCAGCAAUUGGAUCCCGAUGCACAGUUGAAUGCGUGGCGAGUGACGCUUCUGCAAACCUGUCGAUUUUUGGAGCAGCAUCAACAGCUCAAUUCGCUGUAUCAGCUGCAGCUACUGUUGAAAGAUCCCGUACGAGCAAGCAUGACUUGUGUCAAGUUUUAUCCUCUGCAUUGUGACAACUUUCAGAAGUUGCAUGCGAAUGCCCAGCACUUGAUCUCUGCCCACAUGCAUCUGCAGGGUGAACUGGAUAUGACCAGAUGGGAGUAUUUGCAGCGGGAGCAGCAGACGGAAGGCAGGAGAUCCAGUGUUGUGAGCAAUACUAAUGCCAGCACAUGUAUUACCAUGCAACUGGAUGCACGUGCUCUCAAUGGUCAUAUCAAUACGAUACGACGCCAGAAGGAGCUGGCCAAGUUUCUGGCUCAGUGCGAACGGGAACAGCCUCUGGUUAAUGGAUUUCCCUGCACGAUACAAAUAUUAAAACAGAUCCGACUGGAGGCGCCUCGGAGCACAUUACCCACAUUGUUUGAUGGCGUUGCAGAGAAGAUUCAGCUAUGCAUUCUCGUACUGCUGUGUGGCAAGAAUAUAGACGAAGGCUUUGGCCUGGCAUACGGCAUCAUGCAGGAUUACAAACUAACGUUUAUGAAGGUGUUUGGUGCCACAGCCAAGUAUUUAGCUAAAAAUCAACGUCUAUGCGAGGUGGAUCGCCUACUGGACUGCAUUGCGACCAAUAAUGGUGGCAGUACGGCUUCGGAUUCAGAUGAGCUGCUCUCGAUUGCCAUCAAUUCGGCAGUGCAUAGCCAUGAGCCGGAGAUUAAGCAGGCAUUGGACAAAUUGGUUAAGCGCAUUGGAAGCAUAGAAUUGCGCAUAUCGUCCUACAUUUUUAUUGGCCAACUGAAGUCGGCGUAUUUGUUGGCCAACAAGCAUGAGCGUCUGGCCGACAUUCGAAAAAUAUUGAGACAGGCGGAGAUUACAAAUCAAAUGCACAUUAAGAAACUUUGCGAAAAGAAACUGAACAUAAAUUCAACUGCAAUGUCGCCGACGCCACUGUGAUAACGUAUUCAGUCGGGCAACAUAAUAAUUAUAAUUGUAGUAGCUUUAUUUUAAUACCUUAAUUGUGAAACAAUUGAUUUUAAAUCUUUCCAAAUGCCAAUCAAUAUGUGUUGGUCUAGUAUUUCUUACCCAUUGCUCAAAGACUUUCUUACAAAGUACCAAAUUAUACAUAUACAUAUUUAUCAAG